CCUGGCGCGAACUCUUCCCUCAGACCUCCACAGAGAGACUUCCCGACCUUGAAUUUUUGACCCUUUCCCCUCUAUGUCCCAAGAGCUGGGCAUGUGCCAUCGAGCUUGGCUCUCACACCUAUGUCUUUGCUAAUAGAAGAGUUCACUGGGGGACACCCACAUGAGUGGCACACAUGUAUUACAUCAUAAAUCACUUCAGGAAAUAUGCCUCCUAAGGACCAAUCUGUCUUCAUACAAGUGAUGAUUCGUGCUAAUGUGAAAUCCCUCUCCCCAGUCUGAGGAAAAGACACCACUCAAGUUUAUUUUCCAGACUCUAAAUAAAGGAAGUAUGACAUCAAAGGAACCAAGCAGCUCGGCUUGGGACGAGGGUGGUGGGGGUUGGGAGAGGAUGUCAUUUCCCCUCGGUCCCAUUGCUCUAGUUGCUUUGUGACUCCAGGAUUCCCUCUAAACAUUUUUCCUAAUAUUUCUCUCCCGGCUCCUCUUGCUUCUCUUAUUCUGUCAUUACAGAAUACGAGUAGAGGCUUCAUUUGAGACAUAAUUUCUAUACCAGGCUGCCCAAAGAUUUCCAACUUUUAAGCCUAACUUUGAUCCCUCAGGAUGCUUCUCUGGGUCAUUUCCUUUAAUUCAAGUUAAGAACAAUGUCUGUCCCUGUCUUCCCACAACCCCUAUCCUGUGCUCUUUUUUAUUUGUCUCUAGAUUUAAGCAGGAUCUUUUCCAGACAAAGUUCCUCUAAUAAGUAGGAUGGUUAUCACCCUUCUCUACCGAAUGAAGAAAGGAAGCCGCGGCUAAGGCGCAAGCGAACUCCGGAAUCCUUGCUCUGAUUGGGCCCAGUCCUACUCUUUGAAGCCACUCCCAAUACCAAGUGGAGAGUUCCGAGGAUGUGAAACUACAACUCCCAGAAGGCCACGCUGCCACGACCCCGCCUCUGCAGUUCCGCCCCACCAAGUAUUCAUUGGCCUUCCGGGGGUGGGGAUUAGAUGGGAGGUGGCCAUGGGGCAGCAACCGGGGGUUGUUCCCUCUUCGGCUUCCGUAGACGAGGUCGGGCGGACCUUCGUCUGGGGUUUCGGCACCCCCCCUUCCCCUUCCCCGGGGUCCGGGGGUGACAUUGCACCGCGCCCCUCCUGGGGUUGCGUCGCUGCCCCACGCGGACUCCCCCUCGGAGCGCUGCUCCCAUUCGCCUCCCUUGGCCGGGUCUCCUUCCCUCCCCCAGCUGUCCAGUCAUGGGGGCUGCUGUGUUUUUCGGAUGCACCUUCGUCGCGUUCGGCCCAGCCUUCGCCCUUUUCCUGAUUACUGUAGCCGGAGACCCUCUUCGGGUUAUCAUCCUGGUGGCGGGAGCCUUUUUCUGGCUGGUUUCCCUGCUCUUGGCCUCUGUGGUCUGGUUCAUCUUGGUCCAUGUGACAGACCGAUCAGAUGCACGGCUCCAGUAUGGCCUCCUGAUUUUUGGUGCUGCUGUCUCUGUCCUUCUACAGGAAGUGUUCCGUUUUGCCUACUACAAGCUCCUUAAGAAGGCAGAUGAGGGCUUAGCAUCACUAAGUGAGGACGGAAGAUCGCCCAUCUCCAUCCGACAGAUGGCCUAUGUUUCUGGUCUGUCCUUCGGUAUCAUCAGUGGUGUCUUCUCUGUUAUCAAUAUUUUGGCUGAUGCACUUGGGCCAGGUGUGGUUGGGAUCCAUGGAGACUCACCCUAUUACUUCCUGACUUCAGCUUUUCUGACAGCAGCCAUUAUCCUGCUCCAUACCUUUUGGGGAGUUGUGUUCUUUGAUGCCUGUGAGAGGAGACGGUACUGGGCUUUGGGCCUGGUAGUUGGGAGUCACCUUCUGACUUCAGGACUGACAUUCCUGAACCCCUGGUAUGAGGCCAGCCUGCUGCCCAUCUAUGCAGUCACCGUUUCCAUGGGGCUCUGGGCAUUCGUCACAGCCGGAGGCUCCCUCCGGAGUAUCCAGCGCAGCCUUUCGUGCCGACGGCAGGAGGACAGUCGGGUGAUGGUGUACUCUGCCCUGCGCAUCCCACCCGAGGACUGAGGGAACAUGGGGGGGACCCCUGGGCCUGGGGUGCCCUCCCGACCUCCUCGUCCUGUAUUUCUCCAUCUCCAGUUCUGGACAGUGCAGGUUGUCAAGAAAAGGGACCUAGUUUAGGCAUGGCCCUGGAGAUGAAGUUCCUGGAGGCUCAAGGGUAGAUGAGUUCAGUGCAGUUUCUCCUGCCCAGACUGGACAUCUUGGUCUUUUUCUCAGGUCUGAAAGGAACCAUUUUUUUUUGGUAUGAUAAAGACCCCAAAAAUGCCUUUUUUUUAAAUGGGGGAGAGGGAGGAGGUGUGCCGGGAGCCUCCUUGACCUCCUGUAGGCUGUGUCUCUGCUCCUGAAUCUGCUGAUUGUGGCUCACUUCUAUCCUAUUAUCCCUUUGGUCCAGGCCCUGGGGAAAAGGAAGGAAGUGCAUGUGUGGGAACGGGUACCACUGGAACUCCUAUUUUAACGCCUGUGACCAUUAGCACCCCUCCUUUCCCCAAGGUGAAGUGGAGGGUGCUGUGGGGGCCAGCCCACUCCAUGGCAGUGCCCCAGAGGAGUCAGACUACCAUGGCAUCGCAGCCCAAGAGGACAGGCAUUUUUUCUAGUUUUUAAUUGGGGUGUGGGAGGGCUGGGGAGGUUUUCUAUCACUGUAUUGUUUUUUCUGCUGAGGGUGGGAUAUUCCAUCCUUUUAAUCAAGGUGAUUGUGAUUUUGAUUAAUAAAAAGGACUUUAUAA